GCUGAUUUAUGAGGUUUCAGUUAAAUUCCGCCUUUUAUCAAUCUACGUAUUGAUGAAUCUGUCAAGUGUGACUCAAUAAUUAAUCAUCACGAAACGAUCAAAAAAGCUUGAUCCUGUGAUAAAUCACAGCUAAAAAGUUCACCCAUUAGUGGCCAUGCCCAAAUAAUAUGAAACCGAGAACCACCUGCUUGUUGGGGUGAAUAUAAUAAGCAAUUUCUUCGGCGUUAAUUAAGGGAAUGCCUAUAUAGGAAGAAACUAAGCAUGCUGCUAAGAUAAGGAAGUCAAUUGUGCAACUCUAAUUGCUGCUUUCAAAGCUACAUUAUGUCGUUGAUCUGGCUUCUUGUGAUUUUGGAAAUAUCUUCUGCAACAAAAGAUUAUCCCGUUACUUGGAUCGCACGCGGUGUACAUGAAUAUUUUAUUUACAACGGUUCCCUCGUAGUAAAUCAUGCAAAAGCUCUCAAAAUAUGCGAAGAAAUGGAUUCCCACCUGGUGAUGCCCACCACAGACGAACUGCAUCGUGACGUCAAAGACGUGAUCAAACAGAUUGGCUAUAAAGAAAACGGUCCACCAUAUCGAUCGUAUUACAUUGGACUACAUGAUUACAGUGGAGGAAAUUCCAAUUUUCAGUGGAUAAACGGUGAUUUCUUGCAUUUUAUAUCCGGAACUCCUAUGCAAUGGUCUGAUGGCGAGCCAAAUGAUUUUAACAGUAUAGCUGAAGACUGUGUAACAAUGGGAUCCCUCGCAUCGCGGAAUGACUACAAAUGGUUCGAUGUUCCAUGUGACGCGAAAAGAUCGUAUAUUUGUCAAAGAAUAAUUGGUGAAGCAGUUCCUAACGUCAAUCUCGGUACUUACUUGAUGACAUCGGCCCUCAUCUUCUUCAUACUUAGCAUAUUGUUGGCGACUGCACUCGUUCACAGAAGAAAGUUCACACACGUCAAACUAGUGGCUGAGCCACCAAUGGCACCAUAUACAGAUAACAAGACUGACAAAGAAGAUGAAAAGAAGGUUAUUGAUGAAGUGUUGAUAACGGAGACUCGGAAAAGAGAUGCUGUUACUAUUGAAAACACCGGAGCGGUUUUAGAAGUAUGAAAUGUAUGCAAGACUUCGUGAUUUGUUUCUUCAACUACAAAUAUUGUUGCACCUCGUUUUGUAUCAUAAUAUUCAUAAAUCAAAUGAGAGCUGCCAUUAUUAUUCUAUUUUUUUUUUCAAAUUUAUGUACAAAUAUACGUUUGACAAUAUGAGAUUUCAAUCAAAAACGCUCAAAUGUUUACAUCAUACUAGAAAUCGUAUAAAAAGUAGCUGGAUUGUAAUGGCCAGUCAAAGUUCGAAGAUAUUCGAAUGUAUAUUAUGGUCCUAAAGUAUAUGUGCACAUUGCUUUAUUAACGCAACGAAAUGUAAACAUAUAGCAUAACUUGCUAAUAAACGCAAUUCAAAACGCCAAACCGUAUAUUGUUGAAUAAUUCACUAUAACUUCUUAAAUUUUGAACACUAAUAUUAAUGUUAUGCAAAGCAUACGAAGCAAAAAUAUUUGGUGAUAGCGUGGAAUAGUAUAAUGUACAGAUAAUGUAUGUUUCAAGUAAGUCAUCACCAAAAAAUAUUAUACCCGCCUCUAUGUAUUUUGGGUGAUUUCAAUUAAUAAUGGAUAAUUUUGAAAAUCAUUCCUACUGAAUUUCCGCUAUAGCAAAUAAAAAAGAAGUUGCUGGUGUGUGGUGACUAUCAACGUUAAAAUUUUUGAUCGUGUAACUACUGUAAUACAUUGCUUCGUUAUCGA